CUGAUAUCCCUGAGUCUCAAAAGUGUUUCUUGUGUUUCUGCUUUCGAUAAAAUCACGCAAAGAAACUACUUUCUUGAGUUUACAUUUGAAGAUUACACUGGCUUCAUAGCGCCCGUCUCUCGAACGAUUUUACCACUUUAUAAGCCAAACCCCGGUGAUAAGCUUUCCAGGAUGUCCAAGGUGGAGCAUAAUGCCUGUCUGAUCGUGAUUGAUGGGUGGGGGGUGGCGUCGGAGGAGUCCCCCAAGAACGGCGAUGCCAUCGCGGCGGCCGAGACCCCCGUCAUGGACGAGUUCGCCCGCAGCAAGACCGGCUACGUGGAGCUCGAAGCCUCGUCGCUGGCUGUCGGUCUGCCCGAGGGAUUGAUGGGUAACUCGGAGGUCGGACAUCUGAACAUCGGUGCCGGCAGGGUUGUCUGGCAGGACGUCGUACGCAUUGAUCAGUCGAUCAAGACUGGCGAGUUCAGCAAGAACGAGGUCAUUACUCGGGUGCUCGAGGCUGCCAAGAGCGGAAACGGCCGUCUUCACCUUUGCGGCCUCGUCUCCCAUGGAGGUGUUCAUUCUAAACAAGAGCACCUGUAUUCGCUCCUCAAGGCUGCCAAGGAGGCACAAGUCCCCAAAGUCUUCAUCCACUUUUUCGGAGAUGGUAGAGAUACUGAUCCCAAGUCUGGUGUCGGUUACAUGGAGGAGCUGCUCGAGAAUACCAAGGAGAUUGGCAUUGGUCAGAUUGCAACAGUCGUUGGCAGGUACUAUGCCAUGGACAGGGACAAGAGGUGGGAGAGGGUCGAGCUUGCCAUGAAGGGUCUGGUCCUUGGUGAAGGUGAGGCUAGUGAGGACCCCGUCAAGACGGUCAAGGAACGAUACGAGAAGGGCGAAAACGACGAGUUCCUGAAGCCCAUCGUUGUUGGAGGUGAUGAGGGACGCAUCAAGGAUGGUGACAAUGUCUUCUUCUUCAACUACCGGUCUGAUCGUGUGCGCCAGAUCACACAGCUGCUCGGCGAUGUCGACAGAUCGCCUAGGCCCGAUUUCCCCUACCCCAAGAUCAAGCUUGCUACCAUGACCCGCUACAAGCUUGACUACCCCUUCGAUGUUGCCUUUGAGCCGCAGAAGAUGGGAAACGUGCUGGCUGAGUGGCUUGGCAAGCAGGGCGUACCUCAGGUGCACGUCGCCGAGACUGAAAAAUAUGCUCACGUCACGUUCUUCUUCAACGGUGGUGUUGAGAAGGCCUUUGCCCUUGAGGAGCGCGAUGAGAGCCAGGAUCUUGUCCCGUCAAACAAGAGCGUGGCUACGUACGACAAGGCACCCGAGAUGUCGGCCGACGGCGUUGCCGACCAGGUGGCCAAGCGCCUUGGUGAGCAGAAGUUCCCAUUCGUCAUGAACAACUUUGCGCCUCCCGACAUGGUCGGUCACACUGGCGUGUACGAGGCUGCCAUUGUUGGCUGCGCGGCGACGGACAAGGCUAUUGGGAAGAUUUACGAGGCAUGCAAGGCACACAACUACGUCCUCUUCAUCACAGCCGACCACGGCAACGCCGAGGAGAUGAAGUUUCCCGACGGAAAGCCCAAGACCUCCCACACGACCAACAAGGUUCCCUUUAUUAUGGCCAAUGCGCCAGAGGGCUGGAGUCUUAAGCCCGUGGGUGGCGUCCUAGGCGAUGUAGCGCCAACCGUCCUGGCCUGUAUGGGUCUGCCUCAGCCUGAGGAGAUGACAGGUGAGAAUUUGCUAGUCAAGGCGUAAAUAUUUGAUGGGAAAUGAACAUGGGCAGCUUUGGGAGUUUGGCGCGAGGGAUAGAAGUAUGAGAUAAGAAAUAGAGUUGGCUGAAUGUGGGAUGAUGAAAGACGAGAUGAACAAACCAUAUUUAGAACCCUCACUAGAAAAACAUCGAUAUAGAGAGGAAGCUUGGCAAAGUGAGUUUGUUGAUGGCUGACCGGCUCUUCGAGUACGGCGCACCCUGGUGCAAUGUAAAAAUGAGCACGUGGUUCCCCCUACGCGUAAGCGAAGCUACUGGCGGCGGCGGUGUGGUUGUUGAGACGCUAUUUCGACUUGCAGAGCAGACUAGACUAAGUCCGGGCUCGUGCACAGCAUAUCUUGUCUUUUGCCACAAAACUCAUAGGCGCGUCCAGACCUGGAUCAAUAAAUGAAGCUCUCGUAGGUCCAAAUUCGAUACAAUUUAGGCUUCCCCCCUUUGACAAAUAUGUUUGUUAGUUCUAGGUUUUGUCUGUAGCUCUAGUGGCAUCAGCUAGGGUGGCGCCAGCCCCCGGACGGCUGCGCUCCGGCCGCGUGGUUCUUUGGUGAUGUGGAACGGGAUUGAGGUGGAACAGAUCGGGCGCUAUGAGCCUCCUACCCCUGGUAUUUCGCCCCGAUCAAUCCGAUUCCACGGUCCGGUGUUAGGUUCUUGAAUAUCGGUCGGCUACUUAAAAGCUGUGCACGCGGGCUGUAUUCCAUUGGGUGGCCAUCCUUGGCGAGAGGCAAGGAUCGGCAGGUACGACAAGACCCGUAGAAUUUUUUUUUUGCUUCGAGUGGAAUAUCUUACCGGGACCAUGGCUUGCACAACCGACUUUGGUAAUAGUUUUGAACAAAAAAAUAAUUUAGGUACUUGGUGGUUCCCGCGAACCGUUAAGUUAAUAAAGCCCCACGUACACACGUACGGUGACAAGGGGUGGUUUUUUUCGCCUGAUACCAUAGUACUGGGCGGGUUUGUUGCAAUGAAAUAUUUUGACAGGCUUGCCGCCAGCAUGAGGUGCCCUAAACUCUCAGAGUGGGAUCGCAAAUAAUUCAUGCCCCCCUUGGUCAUAUGUUCAAUCAUACGAUUUCCAGAAGGUAUGCCAUGAGCGAGUCAGUUGCCAGGAGGCAUAGUCACAUAAGCAGGGCAAAGGGCAGGAUUUACUAUAGCUCGAGAAGAAGUGACCAGAAUAAU